GAAUUAAUUAUGUUAAUUAUUUUUUAAAGAAAUAACCAAAAUCGUCUAAGAAGAAUAAUGUGAAAAGAAAUUUAUUUAUAAGAUGAAAGCUUCAAGACUGAAAAAUUUCUGGAAGCAAAAGACGACGUUUCUUUCUACUUUGCUUUAUAUUUACAAUAAAGAGCGUGUCUGUAGCAUCUUUCCUUUGGAUUACUUUUUUCUCACUGUUAAUGAUGAUAUACUUACUGAAUUAUCUUUGUAGUUUUAUGCUUUGAAAUUUUCUUUCGUUUUGUUUUUUGCCCAGUGUUUUUUUUGUUACUAUGCAUAAUAUUAAUUCGUGUAAAUUGCACAUAUGUUCUCCCAAGGUGAAAUGUUUGAAGAAAACUAAUUUCAAAUUUUACGCGGGCUUCUCAAGUAUUUACUGGGAUACGAACUCCUCGUAUUAAUAAUGACACCAGGUGAAAUAGAUCAAACGGUCGCCUGUUUUCUCACAUUUACUAAGUUAUCUAAGUUCAAGUUCACACAUACUAUAAAAGAAAUGCUCUUUCUUCUCUUCCUUGCCGGUUUCAUCGCCUUUCUUGCAGUUUUUCUAUUUGCAGAUGCCGAUUUGUUGACUCUAUAUUAUGAGAGAUUUGGAUUAAAAGCUGACUCAUUAAGGGGAAAGGUCAUUUGGAUAACUGGAGCAUCGAGUGGAAUAGGGGAAUAUACUGCUUAUGAGUUAUCCAAAGUGAAUUGUUCACUUAUCUUAUCUGCACGUCGAAAGAGCGAAUUGGAAAGAGUAGCGUCAAAAUGUAGAACUCUCGGCCCAGUGGAUGUUGUAGUGCUACCGUUGGACGUGACCGAUGCAACGAGUCAGAAGAAUUGCUUCGAUAAAAUUAUCGAACAAUUCGGGCGAAUAGAUGUACUAUAUAAUAACGCGGGCCGUUCCCAGCAAGCCGACGCCCUUAAAACUGAGUUAAAAGCCGAUCACGACAUUUUCGACAUUAAUUUUAUAUAUUGCAUAAGUCUCGCUAAAAUUGUUCUUAAUCACAUGAAGGAAAUCGGUAGCGGUCAAGUUGCCUUUACUUCCAGUAUUGCGGGUAAAUUAGGUUCGCCCCGUCAAGCCAUGUAUUGCGCCACUAAACACGCAUUGCACGGUUGGGUAGCUGCCACCCGUUUCGAAUUAGGUGAAACAGAUAUUAUACUCCAGCUACUAUGUCCUGGACCAGUUGUCUCUGAUAUAAGAAAAUGUUCCUUUACGGAAGUUUCGGGAAAAGAAUUUGGUGGGGAAGAUCCCAACGCUAAAAAGAAGAUGUCCACUGAAAGAUGUGCUAAGCUAAUGGUAGUGGCAGUUGCAAAUAAAAUAGGCGAGAGUUGGAUAACAAAACAACCAAUCCUCCUAGUGACUUAUAUUGGACAGUAUAUACCAGUCCUUUUCGCAUGGUAGCAGCCCUUAAUUAAGUCUUUAAGUUUCCUCUUUUUAAACCUUCCUCUUUUUUUUCCUUAAUGCAGGAUGGCAAGAACGCUGUCGGGUAAAGUUGUGCAAAGGUUACGUUACGGUAAAAAGGACUAAGACGAUUAACCUUUCUAUCUUAUACUUUUACUACGAACAAUGAAAGUUAUUAGACAUGAAAGGUAAAAAAAAGCAAAAUUGAUAUAAAACUACCCUUUCAGUUGAUGGAGAGGGAAAUAAAUGAAAUUAUUCCACUUGUAAAAGUUAUUAUGAUUACUCAGAGAAGAGAAACGGGGAGAAGAAUGCUAGAAAACAUAUUUUGUUUAAUAUUCAUAGCAAAUCGCUAUUGGAAAAUGAUUCUGAAAUGAAACAAUUCCGUCUUAAGAAAAAACAAACAUUCUUUUUCCACAAAAGUGAAUCCCCGUCAAUCGGUAGUUUUGUCUAAUAUAUAUAUAAUCACCUGUUUCUCUAUUAUCAAAAUUCUUUUUAUCCUCUUUACUCCUUUCCCCUGUUAGUUCUAACAUAAGCUUUAACGGUGUCCAGAAAAAUCAGCCUAUGAUGACGUAAUAUAAAAUUUUCUUUAGCAUUACUAAUCUACUUCGCAUUCGUUAAAUUAUUAUCUAGAAAUAAAAUAAUCUUCAGUUUUUUCUCAUUCUUUUCGAAGGUAAACAAAAGAUUUUUUUUUCUUUAUGUCUAAUCAAACUAGUUUACUUAUCUAUAAGAUUGCAUGGUUGUUACCUAUAUUCGACAAAAUCAAAAUAUUAACUUUAGUCCCAAAUAUAGGCUGACUAUGACUAAGAACAAUACAGAUUAGUCAUACUUUCUUACGCAAUAAUUAGGUGUAGAGUCGCAGAUUAGAAAGUGUAUGAGAUACUUAAAAAAUCUUGAAUAGAAUAAAGGUAAAAAAUAGAAAAAAAAGAAAAAAGAAAAAACGAUGAUAGAUUUAAGUUGUUAGCGGUAAUUUGCUAAUAGCUUCGUAAAUACCCUGGAAACGGUACCGUAUACGCUUCAUUAAAUUCGGUAGAAGUUCUUUGUAAAAAAUCUAUCCAUUCAAGUGACUCGCGUGAUGACGAGAUUUUUUUUUAUCUCGGAUUACCUUACAACAUAAUAACCCGCAGUCAAUAAUAUAAUUCUAUAAUAAGUGGAGCGUUAAGACUAAAGACGGAAGAGGGAGGAAGAAAGAAUGGAAGUUGGGGAACAUGCGCAAAAUUUAUAUUGUACAUUUCGCGGGUAAUGUUUGAUAAAAAAAAACUAGACACGAUUGCUGAUUGGCUGCUGUCAAUACAAAACGGUCAUAUAAAAGCCCAAUCAGGUCGAGUUAUAUAGCAAAUUAGUUAGUGUCGAUAUAUUUUCACCUUCGUUCAAAAAAUAAACUUUUUAUAUAUUUAUCAUACUCAAAAAAUAAAGCAAGAGAAUGAAUAACGCUGACGACCGAAUAUACCACGCUGUAAUAAUCAAAAAGGACGAGGAACUCGUUAAAGUUGCCGCCAGUUUAAGGGGCAUUGCCGAUACCUUUGAAGAGCAAUUUAAGAGGAGGAGGACGUCGGCCACAACCUCUGCCACUGCCUUGUGCGUAAUAGGUAGAAUGAUCCCCCUAAUCUACCGUUUUUACCAGGAUUAUCUUCUCAGCUGAUCAGCCUUUACAUGAAGUAUUCCUUAAUGUAUAAUAAGACAGCAGUUAUUUUUUUUUCAAGGUGAGAUUGUUUUUAACGUUCUUUGUUCUUUUUUUUAUUUAUAUAUUCGAAUAUGAUUAUUAUUUUCAAAACCUAGAGAAUAAUUAGGUUACUGCUUAUCUGUCUUUAAUUUUCUCAGUUCAUUAAUUAAAUUUCAGAUCUCAAAACGCUUUAAGAAACAAUCAACUUUUGAGCUGAUGAUUCUGUUGUGUACAUUACACACAUGCGCAUAAACAGUACACGGUUGAUGAUUAGAUCAUCAUGUAUACAUA